AAAAUCACCCUAGAACACAUUCAUUACCGAUGAUGAUGCUAAAUCAUAACUUGAUACAAUUUCUACUCACCCACUAUAACCAAAUCCCAUUAGCAAUUCGCCACCUCUCUCUCUCUCUUGCUUCUCCAUAUAUCUUUUCUUGCAAUCUAAGCCUUGGAAGCUGUAACAAUAUAUAGUCCAAAACCCAGAACAAAACUCUGUAACCAGCUCUGAUCAUAUCACACCAUCAAACCCGAGAAUAAAAUGAGCUCAGUUUGCAUAUCAAACUGUGUCAAUGAUACACGUGACCCUCGGGUGCCUGUUCGUGCCAAUUACGUGAACCUCUACAAGUGGUCAGAAUCUGAUGCUGAGCUCAUAAAAUCUGUCCGCCGUGUAGCUGGCCAUGGGUUGCAUGGCCACCCAAGAGUGGUGGACAGUAUCUCCUGCAGGCAGCUGUAUCUGAGGAGCUACACGUUUUCAAGAAAAGAAAGUAUGCCAGAGAAGACCAAGAAGUGCUUUGGUAGAGUGAAAGAGAAGGUGGCAAAUCAUGGAAAGAAGAGAAAAGAUCAGAUUAAGGGUGGUCGUAAGAGGAAGUGUUUGGUGUUUAGGAAAGCCAAGGAAGUAUCUUGCAGUGCCUUGUUUAGGAUCUUUCACAGGUUGCUGUCUUGUACUGCUACAGUAGAUGUUGUGGAUUAAAAAGAUUAAUUAAGGUCCACGGCCAAUAAUAAUUAAGUUGAUGGAAUUACUCACUUUCGUCUGUUUCCUUUUUUCUCUUCUCUUUUUAUUUAUGUUUAAGGUGAUAUGAAGUUUGCUCUACUGUAUUGCUAUGAAUUUGCUGAAGGGAUAUCGAGUGGGAAAUUAAAUGUGGCAGAAAUCAUGGGUUGUAUAUGUUCUUAUUUUGGUUAGAAACAAUAUUUGUCUAGCUUUUCAGUAAUGGUAAUGAGAAAUCAUGAUGUCAUUUUGCA